AGCAGUGGGAGAGGAGAUGUUCCUGGUGCCUGUGCUGGAAGCAGGAUGAAUCUGGUGUCGAUGGCGACGGAUCCAGAGCUGCAAUGGAUCAGCCUGUGGGUUCGGAUCCGCUGGGCAGCUGUGCUGGUGCUGCUCCUCAGCUCCCUGGUCAUGCUGCUGCUCCCUCUGGCUGCUGUGGAAGAUCAGUGCCAUGCUGUGCUCAAGGGAUUUUCUUUCCUGAAGAGUAAACUGGGAUCCUCAGGAACCAGCAGGUUCACAGGACAGAGCAGAGAGCUGAGUGUCACCUCCAAGGGGUUGGAGCUGCUGGUGCGGAAAGGAAAAGCCUCCCCAGAAGUGAAGUUGGAAGCCAAAGCAGCUCUGAACCAAGCCCUGGAAAUGAAGCGCCAAGGGAAGAGGGAAAAGGCCCACAAACUCUUCCUCUACGCCCUCAGCAUGGACCCUGAUUACGUGGAUGCCCUGAAUGAGUUUGGGAUCUUUUCUGAAGAGGAGAAGGACAUCAUCCAAGCUGAUUAUCUCUACUCCAAAGCACUAACCAUCUCCCCCCACAACGAGAAGGCUUUGAGCAAUCGGGGCCGGACUCUGCCUUUAGUGGAAGAGAUUGACCAGAGGUUCUUCAGCAUCAUCGACAGCAAAGUCAAGAAGGUGAUGGCCAUCCCCAAGGGCAACUCCGCGCUGCGCCGCGUCAUGGAGGAGUCCUACUACCACCACAUCUACCACACGGUGGCCAUCGAAGGCAACACCCUGACGCUGGCUGAGAUCAGACACAUCAUCGAGACCAGGUACGCAGUGCCGGGGAAGAGCCUGGUGGAGCAGAACGAGGUGAUCGGCAUGCACGCCGCGCUCAAGUACGUCAACACCACCCUGGUGUCGCGCAUCGGCUCCGUCACCACCGCCGACAUCCUGGAGAUCCACAGGAGAGUGCUGGGCUAUGCCGACCCCCUGGAGGCAGGGAGGUUCAGGGUGACACAGGUGUUCGUGGGCCAUCACAUCCCACCACAUCCUCAGGACGUGGAGAAGCAGAUGCAGGAGUUCGUGCAGUGGAUCAACUCGGAGGACGCCAUGAGUCUGCACCCCGUGGAGUUCGCCGCGUUGGCGCACUACAAGUUGGUUUACAUCCAUCCCUUUGUGGAUGGCAAUGGCAGGACCUCCAGGCUGUUGAUGAACCUCAUCCUGAUGCAGGCAGGGUACCCACCCAUCACCAUCCGCAAGGAGCAACGCGCCGAGUACUACCACGUGCUGGAAGUGGCCAACGAGGGCGACGUGAGGCCUUUCAUACGCUUCAUUGCCAAGUGCACCGAGACAACCCUGGACAUGCUGCUCAUUGCCACCACUGAGUACUCUGUGGGCUUACCUGAGGCAGGCUGCAGCACUGCUGGGUGCAAACAAACCAUCCCUGUCAAGACUUGA